AUGGCAACUUCAGACCUAGAUAGACAAAUUCAGCAAUUGAAAGAAUGUAAGACUCUAACAGAGAGUGAAGUAAGAGAGCUUUGCAAUCAAGCCAGAGAUAUCUUCAUUGAAGAAUGUAACGUUCAGGAUGUUCAAGCCCCAGUAACAAUUUGUGGAGACAUACAUGGACAAUUCUACGACCUCUUAGAGUUAUUCAACAUUGGAGGAGACUGCCCAGAAACGAACUAUCUUUUCCUAGGAGAUUUCGUUGACAGAGGAUUUUAUUCGGUCGAAACAUUCCUUCUACUACUUGCCUUAAAAGUGCGCUAUCCUGAUAGAAUAGUGCUUAUUAGAGGGAAUCAUGAAAGCAGACAGAUCACCCAAGUUUAUGGAUUUUAUGAUGAAUGCAUGAGGAAGUAUGGUUCGGCAUCCGUCUGGAGAUAUUGCACUGAGAUCUUUGACUACCUAUCAUUAGCAGCACUUGUUGAUGAAAAAGUAUUUUGUGUUCAUGGUGGCCUCUCUCCAGAUAUUCAUCUGAUGGAUGAAAUCAAAUCAAUUGAUAGGAAGCAAGAAGUCCCUCACGAAGGAGGCAUGUGUGAUCUUAUGUGGUCAGAUCCAGAUGAUACUGCAAACUGGAAGCCAAGCCCAAGAGGAGCAGGAUAUCUCUUUGGAGAGGAUAUAGUAGAAAAAUGGAACAGAGAGAACAACAUUCAGCUCAUUGCCAGAGCUCACCAGCUUGUCAUGGAAGGAUAUAAGCAAAUGUUCAAUAACCAGCUUGUGACAGUCUGGUCUGCACCAAACUACUGAUACAGAUGAGGAAAUGUUGCCUCAAUUCUUGAGAUUGAUGAAAACCUUCAAGAAAAUUAUAAGACAUUUAAUGCUGCUCCACAAGAAUCAAGAGGAAUCCCUGCUAAAAAGCCUCAGCUAGAGUACUUUUUGUAAUUAUUGCUAAAAAUUCAAACCUUCUCAAUCGAAUAGAA